UGACGUUGCGUGGGGAACCAAGGUAAACAGAUAGCGUAUCCAGUGUGCAGUUCAGACGGACGCUCUGGUUUUCCGUGUUUUGUUGCAUUUUCAGCGUCUAAAAGAAUAUUUCACAUGGUUAGAGCAUAGACUCUGCCACAAGCAACCUCAAGAUCUAGCUAAAGACUAUUGUCAACACACGUCAUUCUGAGUGAACCCUCCCGCCAUGGACCCAGACUCCAUGGGCCUGGCCACGCCUGCUGACGUGCUGCAGGUGGCCACGGUGCUGGAGGACUGUGUGGACCAGCUGGUCGUGCUGGGGAAAAUCAUGCCGGUGUCGUACGAAGGGAGACCAGAUGCUGACGAGAUAGUUGGAGAUGAGAUUGGGAGGAUUGUGGACAGCCAGCGGCAGUUGGAGCAGCAGUUCUCCCAGCUGAUGACUGCUCGACAGGACACCAAGGUAUCAGGUGCGGUGGGGAAGAUGGACCGCCUGAUGCAGCUGGAUCAGGACAUCACAGCCGUAUCAGGUGGCCUGAAGGGCAGCAACCAGUUCUUCACCCGCAGCCUGAAGCAGAGCCCACUGACAUCUGACAACCUGGAGAAGAUUCAGGCAGACAGGGCCUUUGUAGAGUCAGUGAUGGUGGAAGCCCAGUCAGAGCUGGCGGUAUCGGGGACGUUCCUGUCCCUGCUCCAGUCUGUUCUGUCGGAGCGAGAGAAAAAGGCAAACCUACAGCAGACCAUCCUGAGGGAGGAGGAGGGGCGCAAGAGGAUCAAACAGCUACAGAGGCUGAAACUGGAGGUCAGGAAGGAGAAGGAAGUCGAGAUACAGAAUCGGAAUGAGAUGAUAGCCCAUCUGAAGGACCAGCUCCAGGAGAUGAAGGCUAAGACUAACAUGGAGGGGAAGUAUGUGAAGAAGAACGCUGAAGUUCAGGUGUUCCAGACACAGAAGCGCUGUAACAUGUCCGAGCAGGCCCUCAGAGAAGAACUCGAGGCGCUGAAGGUAAAGAUCGAUGAGGAAGUGAGAGUAAAUGGAGAAAUCGAAUCCUUCCUGAAAACACAUCAGAGGGAACUUGAGGAGAAGGUUGAGUAUUGGAUGGAGAAGUAUGACAAAGAUGUGGAUGCCAAGCAGCAUGAACUGGAUGUACUGAAGGCGUCCAAGGCUCAGGACCUAGCCAGGCUACAGGAGCUGACCAAACUGUAUGCGGAAUAUGAACAGGUGGUUGUAGAAGACAGGAUUGAGAAAGAGAAGGCCAGGAGAAAGGCAGAACAGGAAGCUAUCGAGCUCCAGUGUGCCAUUAAGCUCCAGUCCUGGUGGAGGGGAGUCAUGGUACGCAAGGGUCUCGGUCCUUACAAGAAGGGCAAGAAAGGGAAGAAGGGCAAAAAGAAGUCUGGGAAGAAGGGCAAGAAGAAGAAGAAGUGAACCAUGUAUCUCAAGAGUCUACAAAAGGUCUAUCUAAUUCGUAAAAUAAAAGAUUUUCUUUCUUUUAAUGAUUAAUGACAAAGUGUUGACUGUUAUUCUGAACCUACACAGUGAAAAGGCGUGUAUUUUUACAGAUAUUGUUUUAUGGAAUAUAACAUUAUAUAUAAUUCAGUUCUUAUAUCUUUACAACUGGAAAACCUUCUCACACACAAUUUUUGUGUGUUUCUAUACUGGUGUUUCUCACUGAUCUAUUGUAAAAAGUUGUACAUACUUUUUUCGUCAUGAAUAAAUAAAACAUACAUCACAAAG